UCCGGCGAACGCGCCGAACGCCAGUCAGUCGCCGAGUGUCAGUCGAAGUGCCCGUAUCGUUCGCACUCCUAAGCCGGUAUCGCGAGUACGCGAAUCCGCGAUCAUAAACAAAGUUCAACAAAUUAAAAAUAAAUAAAAUACGAACCCGUGCUAAAGUUGCAGUCGAUUACCAGUCGGAUGAACUUUCCAAUAUAACAGUGAAACACUGAAAAUUCUACGAGUGCAGGAUAUUGGUCAGAGUACGUGAUGCUGACAAGGUGGGUGACGUUGGCGCUAGUUGCGGCGACAUGGCGCGCGGCUGAAGCCUGCAGCUGCAUGCCGCAGCACCCGCAGACGCUCUUUUGUAAAAGCGACUUCGUGAUCGUGGGUCGAGUACAAAAAUUAUUCAGAGGAAAUGACACUUACGACGCGUACAAAGUGAAAAUUCGAAACAUCUACAAAACGACACCGAAGGCGGUUGUAGCACUUAAAUCAGGACGAUUGCUGACAGCGUCACACGAAGCCUUAUGCGGAGUCAGUCUACAGCCCAGAGAGACCUAUGUUAUAACAGGUAACGUUGUGCACCUUCAAGCGCACAUAGACUUCUGUGGUUACGUGAACAAAUGGCGGGAUGUGACACCUCGGCAGAGAAAAGGCUUCAGGCUGCUAUAUAAACAGGGUUGCACUUGCAAGGUUCACGUGUCACGGCGCCGGACAAAGUCGCCCAACACGUGCGUUACUAACUACGACGAUUGCUUCGAGCGGCACGGCAUCUGCCUGCACGAUCGCGACCGACGAUGCCGUUGGACAAGGGCGCCCGCACUCACGAGGUGUCAGCAGAAGCCGCACUUCAAUAGCACGAUGACUUGAAUCGCCGCAUCGAAUGUAAA